ACACAGCUCCAGUGUUGCAGCACGACACAUGAACGCUGACUGUGAUGUAGGAGGAAGAUGACAGGAGAGGAGGAGGAGGAGAAGGAGGAGGGGGAGAAGGCAGCCAGUGAGCACGCAGAGUGAGAGUGAGCGAGAGGAAAAAAGGGCAGAGGGAGCGUGAGCGAAUGAAAGAGUGAGAUAAACAGAGAGGGCAGCAUCUCCUGAAUGCAUCCAGCUUGCAGCAGCUCAGGAGGAAGGAAGCCUGAGUGGAGGGGAGAAGAGCUCCAGCACCUCUCUGAAGGGGGCGACAACACCUCUUCUUUUUGCAGAUACACACUCACCCACAUCUAAGACAACACACACAAUUUUCAGGAGGCGUGAGGCUCAGGAGGAGGAACAUCACAUACAAGCUUGCUGUUCUGCUGGCUUCGCUGCACUUUUGGGAGCUGUCUCCUGAAGACUGGACCAGGGUUGCUUACCAUCGCCUCAUCCAUCUUUUCCUCCCUUCCUGCUUUCCAUCCCUCCAGCAGAGAAGCAGCUCUCAGUCACGCAUCCCUCGAUCAUCUGGAGCGAAUUGCUUGCUUUGUCAUUCAUCUAACCUCUGAUCCUGUCUUGUCUCUGUUCUCACUUCAUCCAGCCUGGAAAUCAAAAAAAAAAAAAAGACACAAUAAAGAGUAAAACCCACCGACCGAUUGAGAGACCAACUGUUCGACCAAAAUCAUGAACUUCCUCCGGCGUCGACUCUCUGACAGCAGCUUCAUGUCCAACCUGCCCAAUGGCUACAUGACAGACCUUCAGAGGCCUGACCCGCCUGCUCCUCCACCCCCUACUGCCACCUCUCCUUCCCAGCAGGGUACAGCCCCCUCCACAGCUUCUGCCCCUGCCCAGUCCCCAACCAAGGGUCCUGCGCUGGUCCAGGCGCCCGCCAGCUCCCCGGCAUCUCAGGAGCGACAUUCGGCCCAGCAGCCUCAGCAGGCCCAGUCCUCCUCCUCUGGAGGUUCCACUGGCUUCUUCAGUUCCUUCAGCUCCAUCACCAACGUGGUGAAGCAGACAGCUGCGUCUGCCGCCGGCUUUGUGGAGCAGUCGGCCCCAUCUUCUUCCCUCUCCAAGAAGUUCAAGAUUCUGUUGGUUAUUGACGAGCCCCAGCAUGAGUGGGCCAAAGUGUUCAGAGGGAAGAAGGUCCUCGGGGAUUAUGACAUUAAAGUGGAGCAGGCUGAGUUCUCAGACAUCAACCUUGUUGCACAUUCAAAUGGAACCUGUAACGUGGACAUGCAAGUCAUCCGGGGCGGCACCAAAGUGGCCAGGUCCUUCAGGCCCGACUUUAUCCUGGUUCGUCAGCAUGCCUUCAGCAUGGCCCAAAAUGAGGAUUUCAGGAACCUGAUCAUUGGUCUUCAGUAUGCAGGCAUCCCUUCUGUCAAUUCUCUGGACUCCAUCUACAACCUCUGUGACAAACCCUGGGCUUUUUCUCAGCUGAUCAAUUAUCAGAAGCGGUUGGGUGCAGAUAAGUUCCCUCUCAUCAAUCAGACGUUCUACCCCAACUACAGGGACAUGAAGAGAAUCAACAAAGCAAACAUGGCGCACUGUGGAGGCCCGCCCCAGUACCAGCUGCAGCUCAUGUCUGAUAGGCGGAUGCAGGCGUACUGCCGAGCCUGCUCCCCGUUUAGACUGUUAUCCAGCAGCCAGUCCGUCCACAAGCACUCGUUCUCUCCCGUAGACGCACAGGGCACUGUGUACAAACAGUGGGUUGAUACCUGCUCAGAGAUCUUUGGAGGGCUGGAUAUCUGUGCUGUCAAAGCCAUCUGUGGCAAGGAUGGGAAUGACUACAUUACUGAGGUUGUGGGUUCAUCUAUGCAGCUGAUUGGUGAUCAUCAGGCGGAGGAUCGUCAACUCAUUUCUGAGGUGGUGCUGGCUAAGAUGAACCAAGUGCUGCCAGUCAGGUCAUCCACUGCUUCCCGCUCACCUGCCCGCUCCCCUCAAGGCCAGAAGCCAACAACAACUGUGCAGCCCCAACAGAGUGGUUCGGUUAAGGAAGGACAGACAGAUCCAAACAGGAGCUCAGGCCAUCGCCCUCAAACUCAAGGUGCAUCACUGAAAUCGCAAAGUGUGGACAUAUCAGGAGAAUCAGCUAAAAGAGCAUCUGAGUCAGUACCAAAGCCUGACCAAGCCCAGAAGCCUGGUCCCAGUCAGAAACCAGCCCAAGCUCAGAAACCAAGCCCAGUCCAGAAGGCUGCAUCUGUCACAAAGCCUCCCGUUCAGAGGCCUCCACCAAUGACCAGAGCCCCAUCUGUGACAAAGUCAGCCCAAGAUUCUGCUUCCAGCUCACCCCCAUCCAAAGCUUCACCAUCAUCUCCAGCUAAAGCAGCAGCAUCUGUAGCUCCUGGCUCCCCUCCUGCCUCUCCCUCAGCCUCUGUUGCCACCACAGAGCAGCCUAAACCCCAAACACAAGGCUCCCCAACAGCGGCACCAGGCAAACCUAAAGAUCUGCCCCCGAAACCAACACCGCCUGCAAAGCCCAUUCCUCCUGUGCGCAGGAAUUCCAAGCCACAGCUUCAGCCAAAACCACAAACCCCACCUCCACUAAAAGCUUCACCCAAACCCCAGCCUGCUGCCCCAGCCCAAGGCUCGGCAUCCACUCGGGCUUUGGAUGCUGCCCCAGUAAAGCCUCAGUCCCCAACCAAAACAAACCAGUCCCCACCUCACGCUCAGUCUCCAGCUAAGACUAACCCCCAGGCCAAGCCACCCUCUCCUUCCACUAAUCCUGAGCCUGCUCCAGCUGAAGCAGCCGCUGCAUCCACUGAAGCCUCGGCUCCUGUUGAAGAACAACCCCAGCAAAAGACCCAUCCAUUACUGAAUAAGUCCCAGUCUCUGACCAAUGCCUUCAACGCCUUCAGCGACUCCUCCUUCUUCCGUGGGGUCUCGAGCUCCAGUGGCGACGGGCAGGAGGAGGCAAAGGCCGAAACCAUUCGCAACCUUCGAAAGUCCUUCGCCAGCCUUUUCUCUGACUAGACGCAGACAAAUUGCAGUUAGUCCCUAAUCAAUCCCGGCCAUCUGUUUACCAGCGGCCAGGUGUCUACAUUGAGAUUAUAUGUGAUCGAGUCUGAGAUUAAAGUUUAUGUGUUAACUGUACUUUAUUCCCUACACCCUUCUUGAGCUAAACUUUUAGCUUCUCUGUGUGAUGUUUCUUGACAAUAACGGACCUGAAGGAGUUACGUCAUUGAUAUACCAUAGAUUAUAAUAUACAGUAGUAGAAAAAAUUACAAUAGAAAAACCUUUAUUUUCACAUAGCACAUAAAAUGAACCUAUUCAAAAUUAUGUGGAAAGUGUCACAUUUAAGAUUACAGAAGAUGUGUACAUACGAUAUAGCAUAGUAUAUGAAUAUAAAUAUAUAGAUCUAUAAAAGGACAUAAGCCAAUUAAAGAAAAAAAUAUCCAGCAGCACUUUUUAAUAAGCUUUGUCAGUGACAUAACUCUUUCAUUCAGUGGAUUUAUACAAAAUUUAACCACUCAAACAUUUAACAUGUAAUGGUUUUCCCAGUACUGUCAGUGAGUAAAAGAA